AGGCAGCCUCUGGGCCGUGUACUUUGCAGGUGCUGCUAUCUGGUGAGAUGUCCUGAGCCGCAGUAAGUGUACGGUACCGUGCGCUCAGAGGGGACAUCCCCGCCCCCUCCCGGUCACUCCUCCUGCACCGUCUGCUCUUAUGUAACCACGUGAGCUGGCGGAGUCACAUAGCGCUGUGUCAGGGCGCGGCCUAGCUCCACUUGUAGGAGAGAACAUGGCUCCCUGGAGGAGAUAAACUGUUCUUUCCAGAGGACAUGACAUGUAACUGUGGAAAAGUGUCAGAUGGUGCUUACGACAUGGAACCGGAGAAUGAUUACUCUGAGGAAUCCAGUCGAUUGGCGUCAUUUACAAAUUUUUUUCGAGGUACCUGUCCUGUCUCGGUCCCAGCCCUGGCCCGUGCUGGCUUCUAUUACACUGGGAUUGAAGACCGAGUUGAGUGCUUCAGCUGUAAAGCUGUAGUGGAAGGUUGGCAGCAUGGAGACACAGCCAUUGGGAAGCAUCGGAAAGUCAGCCCAAACUGUAAAUUUAUUAACGCAUUUAACUCAAGGAGUGAAAGCAUACAAACUCAAGCUCCUAUAAGUCAAAACUCUGGCCCUCACAUAAUAAAUAAUUGUGCAACUCAUGAUCUUGGCCAGACUUCCAACUCGGAUAUUCAUGAUACUGAUUUCUUGUUGAGGACGGGAAGAGUAGUUGAUGAAUCAGAGCCAAAAUUUCCUCGAUAUAUAAAUAUGUGUACUGAAGAGGCCCGGCUUACAACGUUUAAGAACUGGCCGAGCUAUGUGCGUGUGACUCCAAAGGAGCUGGCAAACGCUGGUCUGUUUUAUACCGGCAUAAAUGACCAGGUGAAAUGUUUCUGUUGUGGAGGAAAGCUGAUGAACUGGGAGCCCAGUGAUAUGGCAUGGAAUGAGCAUCGCAAACAUUUCCCAGACUGCUUCUUUGUUUUAGGUCGAGAUGUCGGGAAUAUAGCUCUUGAGUCAAACAGUAUAUUUAGCGGUACAAGAAGAGGUUCGGAAAUUCCAGAAAAUCCUGCCAUGAGUCAAGUAAAGGCUCGGCUGGAGAGUCUUGCUAACUGGCCUUAUGCUGUUAAUAAAGAGAUGCUUGCCAGAGCAGGAUUUUAUAGUACAGGUGAACGUGACUCUGCAAGAUGCUUUUACUGUGGCGGGGAACUAAGUGAUUGGAAAGGAAAAGAUGACCCGUGGGAAUUACAUGCAAGAUGGUAUCCUGGAUGCAAAUUUCUAAUUGAUGAAAAAGGACAACAUUUUAUCAAUCAUGUGCAGUUAACUAGGCCUCUGCCAAGCAAACUGGAAAGGGACACCCUGACUGCUUUACCUGAAGACCCUGAACUAGUUAAGGACCCUUUGGUGAUUCAUGCACAGCAAAUGGGAUUUGGUUUAGAAGAAAUCAAGAAACUUAUGUUGAAAAGAAUAAAAAACACUGGACAAAACUACACAUCUGUGGAAGUUCUGGUGUCAGACUUAUUAAAUUCUCAGUCUGCAAUGAGAAGUGUUAAGCCCUCAGAGAAUGAGAACACCAUCAAAGAAAAGUUGAGACAACUGGAAGAGGAAAAAAUAUGCAAAGUGUGUAUGGAUAAAUCUGUCUGCAUUGUCUUCAUCCCUUGUGGUCAUCUAGUAACCUGUGCAGACUGUGGAGAGGCUCUUGAUAAAUGUCCUAUAUGUUGUACUAUUAUCGAAAGACGUCAGAAGAUUUUCAUGUCGUAAAGGGCAACUGUCUUUUAUAAUUAAAUUAUAUUCCAAAUUUCAA